CUGUCAGGCUGGAGGAAGUUUUACCUCAGUCGCAGAGAGCACAAGGCUGAGGGCUAGCAGAUAGCAGAGCAACACGAUGAGUGCAGGCUCAGACCCCGUGGUCAUCGUCUCAGCGGCGCGGACCGCCAUAGGCUCCUUCAGUGGUGCCCUGUCCACCGUGCCUGUCCACGACCUGGGGACAGCUGUCAUCAAAGAAGUCCUGCAGAGGGCCAAGGUGGCUCCAGAAGAGGUGUCCGAGGUCAUAUUUGGACACGUUUUGACGGCAGGUUGUGGGCAGAAUCCUACUCGACAAGCCAGUGUGGGUGCAGGGAUCCCCUACUCGGUUCCAGCAUGGAGCUGCCAGAUGAUCUGUGGCUCAGGCCUAAAAGCUGUGUGUCUUGCAGCCCAGUCCAUAGCUAUGGGCGACUCCACCAUUGUGGUUGCUGGAGGCAUGGAGAAUAUGAGCAAGGCUCCUCACUUGGCUCACCUGAGAACAGGGGUCAAGAUGGGUGAGAUGUCGCUGGCUGACAGCAUACUCUGUGAUGGCCUCACAGAUGCAUUUCACAACUACCACAUGGGCAUCACAGCUGAAAACGUAGCCAAAAAAUGGCAAGUGAGCAGAGAGGCCCAGGACAAGGUUGCAGUUCUGUCCCAGAACAGGACGGAGCAUGCGCAGAAAGCUGGCCACUUUGACAAGGAGAUUGUGCCAGUGCUGGUGUCUUCCAGAAAAGGUCUUACUGAAGUGAAAGUGGAUGAGUUUCCUCGUCAUGGGAGUAACCUUGAAGCCAUGGGCAAGCUGAAACCUUACUUUCUUACUGAUGGGACAGGAACAGUCACCCCAGCAAACUCAUCAGGACUGAACGAUGGUGCCGCUGCUGUGGUUCUUAUGAAGAAGACAGACGCUGAGCGUCGGAUGCUGAAACCUUUAGCACAAAUAGUCUCCUGGUCACAAGCUGGUGUGGAGCCAUCUGUUAUGGGAGUAGGACCAAUUCCAGCCAUAAAGCAAGCUGUUGCAAAGGCAGGCUGGUCCCUGGAGGAUGUUGACGUGUUUGAAAUCAAUGAAGCCUUUGCAGCGGUGUCUGCGGCAAUAGCUAAAGAACUUGGAUUAAACCCUGAGAAGGUCAACAUCGAUGGAGGAGCCAUUGCCUUGGGCCAUCCUCUGGGAGCAUCUGGCUGUAGGAUUCUAGUGACCUUGUUACACACGCUGGAGAGAGUGGGUGGGACACGUGGUGUUGCAGCCCUGUGCAUUGGAGGUGGGAUGGGGAUUGCAAUGUGUGUUCAGAGAGGAUGAUCUGAACCUUGAGCCACCCUUGGAUGAGCCACCACCUUUGGACAAUUCUCAUUAUAUCAGUGAAACACUAAGUAGAAAGUGAAAUCAGAGGACCAAACUGAGGACAGGAACCCAGGUAGACAGCUUGCAGUACUUUAAUAUGAGACUCCCAAGGCUAAGACAUUGCACCAGACACUGUUAUAUAUAAAAGGGAAGUCUAGUCGAUCAUCAAGGGCUCCAGAGUGAACAGCAUUUUCAUAAUUUCCAUAUUUACUGUCUUUGCUUUCUGGGUGUAAUUUUCUCUAAUCAUUGAUUGUUUGUUUGUUUGUUUGUUAGUCAGGAUCUCACCAUAUAGCCUGAAAAUCGUUUUGUAGAUCAGGUUGGCUUUGAACUCCCAGAGAUCCACCUUUCUGUGCCUCCUGAGUACUUGAGUUAAAGGCAUACACCAUUCUGCAGGGCCCCCAAAAUGAUCCAUUCAAAGAAUGGGGAUGCGGCUUCUGUUGUUGGAAACUUCAGGCUCUUUGCUUUAACUAUGGUUAGCUCAAACACCCCUGCUUGCUCGUUGUCUCGUGGUUUCCUACUGAUCAAAUCAGAAUUCUGUAAUGAAAAUCGGAUUCAGUGGCCGCCUCCAAGCUGAGGUGGUGGGGUAAGGUAUUCCAGCUAUUCUAGUCCAAAAGACUGGCAGUGCCAACAAGUGUGCCUCUGGGUUGUUGAAAGUGAGCAGCAAGCAGCUUCUGUGCAUUUAUUUCUCUCUGCUUGACUGGAUGGGAUGCUUCCUGCUUCAAAUAUCUACCUUGAUUUCCCCAAAAUGAUGAACUGUAAUUGGAAUUGAAAGCCAAAUAAACUGUUUCCCCCCUCA